AGUGACAACUAAGUCGACGAAUACACUCGAAGCUUCGAAGGAGCCUGCUCCGUGGAAGGAUCCCCACAAUGCCUUCGUCCAGGGCCUGCUAGGCUGGUCCAUCAGGGCGCUCGAUAGGAAAGCAAUAGAGCAGAGCUGGCACCUCCUCGUCCCGCCCAUUCUCAAGAUGCUCGAUGACGCGGCGGAAGAAUCAAAGGCCAAAGGAUGCCAACAUCUCGCCAGCCUGUUCUCAACCCUGCAGCUCGACAAAGAUAAAUCCGCGACCUUUCUCGCCCGCACGGGCUACCACGACCUCUUCACCUCCACCUUGUUUCCCCUGCUCACACACAUCCCCACCCUCACCCCUGAAUCCGACUCGCUCACACUUUUCAAAGCCGUGUACGAGCCUCUGCGCUCUCUCGCGGCCCUCUGCGCCUCGCACGCCGCCAGCGUCAGACUCCUCGACAGGACGAUGCGCGAGGGCGUCCUAGUCCCUCUCUCGCACUUCCCCACUCCCUCGACAUAUCCGCGGCUCGCGACGCACGUGUUCGACGAGACGGCGCGGCUCGCGGGUCGCCUGGGCAUCGAGACGGCCAAGCACCUGCCCGGCCUCAUCCCGUUGGUGACGGGCGUCAUGCAGGACCCGUUCGUGCUGGCGCACAGGGAGCUUGCGGUCGCGGCCGUGCGGGUAAUGCAGGCGCUGAUGCAGAACUGCUGGCCUAGGAUUCCUGCGCACCGCGGCGCUGUUACGCUGGGGCUGUGCGUGCUCAAGGGACGAUGUGAGGAGGAGGGCGGUAGAAUUGGAGAUGACAAGCUGAGCGAAUUCGGCGCAGAGCUGAAGGACACGGCAGAAUUGCUGGAUGUGGUGCUGAGCCAGAGCGAGGUCAAGGCGGCGUGGGAGAGGGAGAGAGCAGCACUGGUGGAGGCCGACGAGGGGCUGAGGGGCUUCUUCGAGCAGCGGGCGGGAGAAGAGUAGAAAUAGUCUAGGGCGUGAAUUGAAGCUAUCUUGGUUGAUUACAAAGGUUAUAUCUGCAGGAUUUGGCCAAAUGGCCAAGAUGGCAGGCUUGUGUAAGUCUUGCGCGAUGCUUUUUAGCGGGGGGUGGACGCCGAUCCCAUAACGCCGGGAGAUGCAAUGCCGUGUGGUGCGCCGAAGCUGCUCAAAUAUCGUCGUGAAACA